CUCCCCCUCUCGGCCCCGCCGGGCCGGGGAGCUCGGGGCCGGAGUCGUGGACGUGACUGGGAGGAGUCUGCCCGCCUCAGGUUUCCGCGCUCGGCCGCGGCCAUGGCGGAGCCCACCGUGUGCUCCUUCCUCACCAAGGUGCUGUGCGCCAACGGCGGCCGCAUGUUCCUGCAGGACCUGCGCGGCAACGUGGAGCUGUCGGAGGCCCGGCUCCGGGACGUGCUGCGCCAGGCCGGGCCCGACCGCUUCCUGCUGCAGGAGGUGGAGAUGAGGGAGGGCCUCUGGGACGCCGAGGCCGAGGUGGCGGCCGGCGCGGGCGGCGGCGGCGGCGGCGGCCCCUGCGCCUGGCGGGUGGUGGCCGUGUCCUCGGCGCGCCUGUGCGCCCGCUACCAGCGCGGCGAGUGCCAGGCCUGCGACCAGCUGCACCUCUGCCGCCGCCACAUGCUGGGCAAGUGCCCGAACCGCGACUGCUGGUCUACCUGCACCCUUUCCCAUGACAUCCACACACCUGUCAACAUCCAAGUACUGAAAAACCAUGGGCUUUUUGGCCUCAAUGAGGCCCAGCUUCGGAUCCUGCUUUUACAGAAUGACCCGUGCCUUUUACCAGAGGUCUGUUUACUGUACAACAAAGGUGAAGCCCUUUAUGGCUACUGCAACCUCAAGGAUAAAUGCAACAAGUUUCACGUGUGCAAAUCCUUUGUCAGAGGGGAGUGCAGACUUCAGAAAUGCAAACGGUCCCAUCAGCUCAUUCAUGCCACAGCCCUGCAGCUGCUGCAGGACCAAGGACUGAAUAUUCCAAGCGUCGUGAAUUUUCAGAUCAUCUCUACCUACAAGCACAUGAAGCUGCACAAGAUGCUUGAAAGUCAAGGUAAUGCCGCUUCUCCUGCUGAGUAUUCCCAGGGCCUCGAGAAGCCAGGCGGACAUACGGCUGUCGCUGCCGAGGCCGGUCCUGUGGCUCCCGUCCCUGCUCCGUCAGCCAAGAAGCCACACACAAGGAAACCGGAAAGGAUGUCCGUGAAAUAAGACGCUUGUCCAGUCAGAAGGGCGUAAAACGUGAUUGCUUCUGAACCCUGUGCAGGUCUGUGGUUUGAGAUAUUGUCAUCGCUGGAAACAGAUACAGUUUUGGACUUCGUGGAGGGUUUCUGUGGUGGAAACAAGUGGGUAAGCAAAACCAAAUUAACUUGUCAAGGCCUAUCUUUUGGAGAGUGUGGACAUAAUAGAUUCUUACAAAAUGAAA